UCCUUCACUUUUUCAAACUUAAACACUCAGCCCUGAAAGGCUAUGCUGUUCUUAAAGUCCUGCAAAAACUGAAAAGUACUGAAAAUACUGAGGUACUGAAAAUUAUGAUGAAAUGUUAUUCUUCUGACGAGCAGUGUGAGUCUUGAAUAGCAGCUUGACAGUGUCACAGCUCUCACAUGUGUUUACAACAGGUGUGCUUUUAUCAGGUUUUCUCAAAACUGUUCCAGGCAGUCAAACCUGAAGACCAGAGCUAUCAGUUUGAGGAUUAAAUAUUUCCCACAUUGAGUCUCAGCCACGUUUUGAGUGUGUAACUUAUCAUACAUUAGACUAUUUGACAUUUUGGGCUUUCUUCACCUUUCCUAUAAUUUGGUGCCUUGUGGGUGGUGUCAAACACUCUGGGUGCCCACGUACUUUAAAACCAUUUGUAGCCUGAGGAAAAGGGGAGAGGCAAUGCACAGGCAGUCAGUGCAACCAGUGCAAAUCCUCUCCCCCUUGCCAGAUUACGUAACAGACAGUAGUAAAACACGGGACCUUUACUUUUUGUCCAGGUUUUGUCCUUUUACAUGUGGGUGGACUUAAAAGUACUGGGCUGACAACCUAAAUUCGCCAAAUUGAGUUCAGGCUGAAGUUUUAAAAAACUGUGGACUGUCAGGGAAUCCUAAAGAAGAAAUCAGUGUCUAAACCAUCCCAGGAAGAAAGGGAAAAAGGUGUGCUGGACCGGCUGCCUCUGCCGCUGCUUCUCCCCCAAGUUUAAAGCCACAAGACCCGACCACAGCCAUGUCCUCUGGUCGGUACUUGCUGCACCACGGGCUGCUCCUGCCCACCGUGGCUCACACCAAGGAGAGCCUCAAAUACGCCCAGGAUUUCCAUGUGGAGGACACCGACGUGUUUGUGGUCACUUAUCCCAAAUCAGGUACAACUUGGAUGCAGGAGAUCAUCCCAUUGGUGCUGAAUGGGGGGGAUUUAACACCAGUCCAAACCAUUCCGAACUGGGACAGGGUUCCCUGGCUGGAAGAGACCAGAACAGCCCUGGUUGUGGACCACUUGACGUCUCCACGGGCGCUGGCCACACACCUUCCCUAUCAGUUAAUGCCUGCCUCCUUCUUCAGUUCCAAAGCCAAGGUGAUCUAUGUAACACGGAACCCCAAGGAUGUCAUGGUGUCAUCCUACCACUUCCACAAGAUGGCCAGUUUCCUUGACGACCCCGGAACCUUUGAGGAAUUCAUGGACAAGUUCCUGAAGGGAAAAGUGCUGUUUGGAAAAUGGACAGACCAUGUGAAGAGUUGGCGACAUGCAGAUCUGGGAGACAGAAUAUUGCACAUCACAUAUGAGGAAAUGAACCAGGACCUGCAUGGAGCCCUAAGACGUUUUUCAGAUUUCCUGGGCUGUAAUCUCAGUGAGGAAGCCAUUGACGGGAUAGCACAUCAAUGCUGUUUCAACAACAUGAGGAAAAACAGCAUGUCCAAUUAUUCCCUUGUCCCUCAGAAUAUCAUGGACUCCAGCAAGUCUCCAUUCCUGCGGAAAGGGAUUUCCGGGGACUGGAAAAACCAUUUCAGCCCAGAGCAAGAGGCCCAGUUCUCGUCCGUCAUUGCAGCAGAGAUGGAGGGUGAGAGCCUCUCGUUCCCGUGGGACCUGGAGUGACCAAGGAGGAUGGAGGAUGAGGACAGAGAGGAGGAGAGCAUAGCAUCCCAGCUCCUGGGACCAGGAAAACAAAAAAGAGAUGGAGUGUGUAUAAGCAACUAGAAGAGUGUGUGUGCGAGAGAAGAGAUUGAAGGAGUGGCAGCAAGGAGAAGAAAGGGGAUUGAUUACGUUCACCUUAUAUGUUUAAGAAUGGCAUCUUUACACCAGAUACUCUCUUGACAAGAAAAUAAGCUGGAUAAUAGUGUAUAUCACUGACUAACUAGCACAGUUACUAUGUUGCAUAAUUAUAGUAAACAUCAUAACACAUUUAUUUAAAUUUGUGAUGUAAUAAUGAUGUAAUAAUGAUUAUUAGUCUUGCUGAUUCAAUAGAAGAAAAAAUAUUUAGAUGUAUAUGUAUAUAUUUAUGUUUCUAUAUAUAGGUGUGUGUGUGUGUGUGUGUGUGUGUGUGUGUGUAUAUACAUCUGUGUGUGCACACAUAAAUAUGUACACACACACACACAUAGAUGUGUGUGUGUGUGAGUGUUUAUUUUGUCAUAUGUAUUUUUAUGUUUACCAUAAAAAUAUAGCUGCUGUUACCAUGUAGUUAAGGCGAAUCACUGCAAUAACAAAGCACUUACCACCGUCAUCCACAAGUGGGAAGCACAACAUCAUACUUGUGUUUCUCCAGUCAGUCUGUGACCAGCUUGUUAAUAGUCUCAUUGCCUCACUGUUAAAAACAAUGGAAACAAUGCAUUCUUGAGGUUAUUUUAUUUAAAUCUUCCUGUCUGUACAAACAUAGUACAGUUAUUUUAAUUGCUGGAUCACAAUCGGCACAACAUCUCGAUUUAUAGCUGAUUUGCAUUGCAGAAUUUCAAAAUUCUUAGGCUUUCAUAAUCCGCAAAAGUCAUUGCUACGUUGUCACUGUUAUUACUCUCACCAGAAGAGCCUUACACGCACACACACACACACACACGCACACACACACACACUGACUGAGCCCAGCUUUCUGUGAUCAUUACCAGAACACCAAAGACAUUCUCAAAUAACUACCUGGAAAUUCCAGUCAGUAAUAGCUUGUCAGUAAUAGUCUGCUAAGAUUCGCUGUGUUACGGUAGUGUAGUCUAUAAUGACUUGGUUGUUUUGGAUAUAUGUACUGGCAUGAUUUGGUAGUUUGUUUGUGGAGAUUAGGUCCAUAGCAAUUAUUGAAAUUCUAUUCUGACAAUAAAUGAGGAAGAAAGGAAGAAAAAAACUCUCUUUUGGGUAUAGUCAUCUUUUAAUGCCCAGAGCAUGUCACACACAUACAUGCAAGUGCAUGCCCUGAACUGUUAAGUAAAGACUCUUUUAAAUCA